AUGUCUACUCUGAUUGGAGGGGCCCUUCAUGGGAAAAAAGGGACCCUGAAGGAUGGUAGUCAGGAGAAUAAUUUACUUCUGAAGGUAGUAAAUAUCAACAGUGGCCACAAAAUGGUAGCCAUGAGACACAUAAGAAUUAUGAAAGAGAAAGUUGGUGUAAUUUCAGGACAAGUAGUGGUUCAGAAUCCUUUCAGGCGGAGCACCGCCCUAAUUCGUGGGCUUCGCUGCUGUUGGGGGUGUGAGUUCCGGGCUGUCAGGGCCCGCAGGUCAUCUUCCUCUGUGGGCGGGGCAGCUUGUGUAGCAGUAAAGAAUAUAGUGCCUUCUAGUACAGUUUGGUACCACUGCCUUGAUUCAUGCUUCGAGGCCAGCAGUUUUACCCACUAUUGGUUUUACACUGUUGAAGUAAAUAUCAACACAGCCGGUCUCAGCUUAAGCUCGCGCCUUGGUGGGGGUGGCCCACAUCAGUGGCCCCGCAGAGGCGGGAGCGGGGCCAUGGCUGAGGUGGCUGGGCCCACUGGUGAAUCCAAAGGCACUGAAGUUAAAACCCAGCAGGCCACGGAGAAAACCCUCACGGCCCUGCCGAGGCAGGGCCUGCGCUCCGUGCUCAAAGUGUCCCAGCUGUUGCUCCGAGCCAUCACCGAGCACAAAGGGCUGACUCUGGCUGCCCUCAAGAAGGAGCUUGGAAAUGCUGGCUACGAAAUGCGCCGGAAGUGCUGCCGCCACUCGGGCGAUGCACUCUGGUCUGAGGUUAAGGGCACGCUUCUCCGGGUCAGCAGCAGCGAUGCCUCUGGCUACUUCAGGGUUUGGAAGAUUCCGAAGCCGAAGAGAAGGCCAGGACGCCUGAGGUUGGAAGAGGGCGUGCGCUCUUCGAGGAGGACCCUUCCCGGGCCUUGGAGCCCACGGCGGCGCUGCACUCAUCGCAGGGCCGCCAAGAAGGCCAGGGAAGUCUGGAGACGAAGCACGAAGGUAAACACAAGGGGGCGGAAGAUAAGGCCAAGAGCCAAGGACUCGGUGCGUUCCAGAGCCAGGGAGGAAGUGAGGGCCAAGGGGAUGGACGAGGGGAGAGGACGGACCAAGAAGGAAGACAUCAGGCCUAGGACCCGAGAGAAGAGGCCAGGCCCGAAGCCCAGGGAAGAGAAGAAGCAGGACCCGGUGAAGCCGGUAAAACGCACCAUCCAGAAGACAGCUUUGGUUAAAACUGACCGACAUUCUAGCAGUCAGGGGAAGACUCAUGACCUAAGGGCUGCUCGCACAAAGACUUACUAAAUCUGAAAGUCUUUGGAAUGCAGCCAGUUAUUCGUAGUGUGGGAGCAAUUUCCCUUCCUCCAGGCACAGAUGCCCUUCCCCAUAGGCUCUAAUGAGAGCAGCUCUCACACACUGAAGUGGACAAAACUAUAUACAAGACCUUUCCACU